AUGCUACCAUAAUAACAAGAAUCCAUAAACGCAAAAAGUGGAUUCUGGCAAUGGUAAAAAUAAGAAAAAAUCAAAGAUUCAUCCUUCAGCUCAUAAAGCUGCGACAAGAAAGAUGGAAUACUUGGAAUAGGUGAGGAGUGUGAUGAUGGUUUGAUCGAUCAAAAUGACCAUUAAUAUUCAGGAUGUAAUGAUAAGUGCAAAGUAAAAUAAGGUUGGACUUGUUCUCAAGAAUAAGGAAAGCAAUCCAUAUGCUUUUAGGGAUGCAGUAGAUAUGGCUUUUAAUGCUUAGAUCAAAAUAGUAUUGCUGGUGAUGGAUGCGAUAACUAUUGCCAAAUCGAGGAUGGGUACUCAUGCGUGCUGAAUAUUAACUCAGUAGAUUCAUCAGCAAAGUUCUUCUGUUACAACUAAAAUGAGAUCAAUUAAUAAAUACUGCCAGCACAGCAUUAAACUGUUUAAUAACUAAGAUACUUAGAAGAAUCAACCACCGAGUCCACAACUGCUCCAGUGACCACCGAUGAAUAACCUACAACUUAAGAUGCUACAACAACCAUAGCUGCAUCAACAACCUAAGCUGGAUCAACAACUGUGACAACAACAAUCGCCCCUACCACCGAGUCCACAACUGCUCCAGUGACCACCGAUGAAUAACCUACAACUUAAGAUCCUACAACAACCAUAGCUGCUUCAACAACCAUAGCUGCAUCAACAACCAUAGCUGCAUCAACAACCAAAGCUGGAUCAACAACUUGA